UGGGCGGCCGGCUGCCAUGUACGCGGGGCUGCAGGAGCUGGGGGUGGCCAACGGCGAGGAUCUCAAGGAGACGCUGACCAACUGCACGGAGCCGCUGAAGGCCAUCGAGCAGUUCCAGACAGAAAAUGGGGUCCUGCUGCCCUCGCUGCAGUCGGCCCUGCCCUUCCUGGACCUGCACGGCACCCCCCGGCUGGAGUUCCACCAGUCGGUGUUCGACGAGCUGAGGGAGAAACUGCUGGAGCGAAUCUCAGCCAUCGCCUUGGAAGGGAAGGUGGAGGAAAGGUACGAGAAGCUGGAAGAUCUCCUGGAGAAAAGCUUUUCCUUGGUCAAGAUGCCGUCCAUACAGCCUGUGGUAAUGUGUGUCAUGAAGCACUUGCCCAAG